UUAUUGCAUCAAACUGUGCGCCAUUAAUAAGACUUUCCGGUCCAUCCAGCUUUGAUCGUCUCAUGAUCUCACUUCUAAGAAAACUCCCAUUAACGGUAUCACCAACUACAUUGACCAGGCUCAUGGAUUCAUCAUCAUCUUCAACAUCAACAGCAGCAAAAGCCUCCUCACAAAUGCAUAGACUCCUUAUAUUAGCCCAACAGUUACGUCAUUACAAGCCACCGCCUUCUUGUUUAGAUGAAUUGGAGGAACAACAAAUCCAGGAAACCACUGGCAAGGUUGUCUCUCAACUGGGGUUUGAAGAAUCUGUUACUCCAGUUGUGAGGGACCCUCAAUGGUUUAGACCCAAAAAAGCUGCUGUUUUGAUCUGUCUCUUUGAAGGAGAUGCUGGUGAUUUGAGGGUCAUACUUACAAAGAGGUCUUCAAGAUUGUCUACUCACUCUGGGGAAGUAUCAUUGCCUGGUGGGAAAGCCGAGGAGGCUGAUAAAGGUGAUGCGGAGACUGCCACAAGGGAAGCUGAGGAGGAGAUUGGGUUGGAUCCUUCACUUGUGGAUGUUGUCACAUUUCUUGAACCAUUCUUGUCCAAGCACCUCCUCAGAGUUAUACCUGUUAUUGGCAUACUUCGGGAUAAGAAAGCCUUCAAGCCUAUUCCAAAUCCUGCUGAAGUAGAAGAAGUAUUUGAUGCUCCCUUGGAAAUGUUUAUUAAGGAUGAAAACCGAAGGGAUGAGGAGAGGGAAUGGCUGGGAGACAAGUAUCUUAUUCACCUUUUUGAUUAUGAAUUUGAGAGCAAGAAGUACUUGAUAUGGGGUUUAACUGCCGCCAUUUUGAUUAGGGCCGCUUCAGUGGUAUUCCAGAAGCCAGCAGCUUUUCUAGAGCAGAACCCCAAGUUCAAGUUUCCUAGAGUAAUAGACAAAGACACCUCUAUGGAAACGAAUUCUGAGACGAAAUAGCUUGGGUGUACUCGAGAUAAAAUUCUGCAAUAAAUGCAUCACGGCCCUCACUUGUUGAACUAGUAUAACUUUUAAAGGACAAUCUGAUUCAUGUAUCAAAACAAGUAACCACUAUAUGCAUAUUUCAUUCUCAGAUGCCCCUAAUCUGAGGCGGCCAAAUAUAUCCGGACUUUAGAAGGCAAUUGGAGGAUUUCUUCACUAAAUAGUUGUUACAACAUAAUUGUUGGAGCUAUUGCUUUCACCUUCCUCAGGUUAGUUCUUGAACGACUUCAAAACUACUUGUUUCAUGUGAAUCUCAUUUGUAAGUUACUCUUAACAGGACCUGCAUCUUGGUGCAAAGACCUUGCACAGUUCCUUGUUAACAACAUGAAUGUUGGUACUGGAAGAGCUGCUUCUCAUUGGGUUCGAGCUUCUGUAUUUGAUCAAAGGAGGCAUUGGACUAGAGAACUGUGAGAAGCUGAAGUUUACGUUUUUGUUAUAGGAAGUGGAUGUUUCUCUGUAAUUUUUUGCCAAUUGAUAUGGGCUAAUGAUGGUUAAACCCUGCUUGAUAUUAUUAUUAACACGAGGAAGUCCCCUCUUGGCCAAUGGGUA